AAGAGGAAGCCCUGAAGGGUCAAAAGGAAUACAAAAACAAAGGCUAUUUUCUUUCUUUUCUUUUUUUCUUUCCGUUCUUCUUCUUCUUUUUUUUUUUUUUGUCCUAAAGAGCGAGCGGUCUUAGCGGUGGCGGUUUGGGGUGGGCGCCGCCGAGGUGAGGGGGUCUUGCCUCCCGCACGCUGACCCGUUGUUCCAUUAUGGAUGGAGGGGAUGAUGGUAAUCUUGUUAUCAAAAAGAGGUUUGUGUCCGAGGCAGAACUAGAUGAACGGCGCAAAAGGAGGCAAGAAGAAUGGGAGAAAGUUCGAAAACCUGAAGAUCCAGAAGAAUGUCCAGAGGAGGUUUAUGACCCUCGGUCUCUAUAUGAAAGGCUACAGGAACAGAAAGACAGGAAGCAGCAGGAGUAUGAGGAGCAGUUCAAAUUCAAAAACAUGGUAAGAGGCUUAGAUGAAGAUGAGACUAACUUCCUUGAUGAGGUGUCUCGGCAGCAGGAACUCCUGGAAAAGCAACGAAGAGAAGAAGAACUGAAAGAACUGAAGGAAUACAGAAGUAAUCUCAACAAAGUUGGAAUUUCUCCAGAAAACAAGAAGGAGGUGGAGAAGAAAGUGGUUGUGAAACCCAUAGAAACCAAGAACAAGUUCUCCCAGGCAAAGCUGUUGGCAGGAGCUGUGAAACAUAAGAGCUCAGAGAGUGGCAACAGUGUGAAAAGACUGAAAUCGGACCCUGACCCAGAUGACAAGAGUCAAGAAACCCCGUCCUGCGUGUCUCUUGGCAGCACGUCCCUGAGCACCUCUUCCAUCCACUGCCCCUCCGCUGCGGUCUGCAUCGGCAUCCUCCCGGGCUUGGGCGCCUACUCUGGGAGCAGCGACUCCGAGUCCAGCUCAGACAGCGAAGGCACGAUCAAUGCCACCGGCAAGAUCGUCUCCUCCAUCUUCCGAACCAACACCUUCCUCGAGGCCCCGUAACUCCUGUGUCCCUCCCAGAGCUCCUGCCCAAGAGUAGACCGGACGGUUUGUUCCACCUCUGGGCAUCACCUCCCUCAGAACUCCUCUGCCCGCUUCUUGUGCACACCGUGACAUUUUUAACCUCAUCUAAAAAUGUGCCAGAAUCCACUUGUGGCCCAACUUGUGUUUGAUUUCUCUUUCCACUCCAGUGCAGAUGUCCAGACCUGUCCUGCUCCCUCUCUCCUCACUGCUGUGGUGGGGUGGGGGCCGGGGGUCCGCGGAGAUGUCCCCUGAAAAUGCCCUGGGAAGAUAGGCACCCGCUGCCAUGCAAAGUGUUUAGAUACUGUUGCUUUCUUGUUUUCUUUGUUUCCUUGCCCGACAGCACAGAGAAGCAAGGGCAGUUGUGGGACGGGUGUCACCUAGACCUUGUCUCUAGCGGGACACACCAUGUGGUGGUGCUGCGUUGUGGGGCAUCCUGGGGGUGGGGGGAGGAGGGCCCCAGAUGACGAACUGCUGCACUCCCUUGGGACUAACCAAUUCUUGAUGUUGUGUGACUAAGUAAAGAUAUAAACUACAUCUGUGGGGGUGUCCCUUAGCACUAUCA